UUGGAGUGUUGACUAGCAGACAUUUUGUCGAAAGAAUUACCAGUGUCAGUUCUUAAUUUUCUUACUGGUUUCCAGCUUAAACUUGUGAUAUCUGAAGCUAUAAUUGAACUGAUGUUGACUUUGUACUUGACUGCACAACAUGGCGAGUAAAGAUGCACGGACAGUAUUAAAAUACCUGUUAGGAUUCCAAAUAGCUAUCCUGCUUACCCAGUUAAAUAGCAAAGAUGGGACACAGAAUCAUAUAAGAGAAAGAAGCACAGGUGUUCAGGAAUGUCCUGGGCUCAUUAAUGGACCAAGGGAUCAUUUUAACUGUUACAAAGAUGGAACACUUGAAAAUGGACAGAAAGGUGGACAGUUAAACAGAACAUGUGGAAAACACAAUGAAGGUUGCCAGUAUGGAUUAGGAAGUUCGAAGCCAAUACUAGAUGACAGGGUACCUCAAGUUAUAGAAGACCUUCAAAGGAAAGCCCAGGCUUUGUUUGUGUGGGACAUGCCAGAGUUUGUGGCCCAACUCAGUACAGCUACAGCACAGCAUCAUGAGGAGAUCACAGAGUCUGCUGCUACUGUCCAAACAAUGGUCAAGAUCCUUGUUCAUAUUGCUGAGAUCUCACAAAACAUUACCUUUAGAAAGCCUGAGAUGGAGAAUAUUCUUCAAACAGUGGACAUACUUGUAUCAAAAAAAUCUAGAAGAACAUGGGAGAAAUUAAACAACAGCAAGAUGACAGUAAACACCAGCAUUUCACUUCUGGGUGCUGUUGAGGACAUAUGUAGCCGCCUUACACAUGACAGUUUUGUAAUCAAUAAAACGUCCAUUGAGUUGAUCAACACUGUAAUAGAAAACUCAUAUAGUGGAAAGUCACACCUGCCAAACUCAACCACUGAGAUACUGAUACAGCAGGUUCUUAAACCAACCUCCUUAACCAUCAUAAUCCUCACAACACUUCACAGUAUACUACCUGCUCGCUAUACUGCUAAUGGCAAGGGGAAACCAGAUGUGCGCAUCAAUGGAGAUGUGGUUGUUGUUAAGGUUAAUCAAACACUUCAGAACAUUUCUUUUGUGUUUGACACCACUGAACAGUCUUUGGGAAAUCCUCAGUGUGUCUUUUGGAACUUUCAUCUCAGCACUUGGGAUUCCACUGGAUGUGAAGUAAAGCCCAAUUUAAGUGAAGAGGAGAAAAUUGAUAAAAUUACAUGUGAAUGCAACCACACAACCUCUUUUUCUCUCCUUAUGUCACCAUUUUUUAUUGAUGACAAAGCCUUAGACUACAUAACUUAUACUGGUCUAGGUAUUUCAGUGCUCAGCUUGGUUAUAAGCCUAAUUAUUGGAGCUAUUGUAUGGACGACAGUGACAAAAAGUAACUCUGCCUACUUACGACAUGUCUGCUUAGUAAACACUAAUGUUUCCCUGCUGGUUGCAGAUGUCUGUUUUAUCAUUGGAGCCUCAAUUGUGCAGCCAGGGCAGCUCGCUCCAGUGGGUCCAUGCACUGCAGUGGCUUUCAGCAUGCACCUCUUUUUCCUGGCUUUUUUCUUCUGGAUGCUAAUUUCAGCUAUGCUGCUCUUAUACAUGACAACCAUGGUAUAUUCCCAGAUGUCAAGGGCUAAAAUGAUGGCCAUUGCCUUCUUUCUUGGUUAUGGUGCACCUUUGCUGAUAGUGGUCAUUACUUAUGGAUUGACUGCUAGAGAAGGAAAAUAUAUUUUGGAAGCAGAUGUGUGCUGGUUGAACUUCGAUGAAACAAAAGCGUUGCAAAUUUUUGUGUCUCUGGCAAGCAGUUUUACAGCUGUUAAUGUUUUGAUUAUUAUUGUGGUUUUAUAUAAGAUGCUGAUAGUUAGAAAACAGCAAAAUAAGGAGACAAAUAUCUUGCCCACUGUGACCCGUGUUGUGCUCAUAGUGAGCCCUCUCUUUGGAGUAACGUGGGGAUUAGGAAUUGGGACCAUGCUGUCUCCUGACUAUGGAAUUCAUCUGGUGUUUACAAUCCUCAAUUCCCUGCAGGGAAUCUUCAAUUUGGUUAGUGGGUUGCUGGUGAACUCACAGGUUCGUAAUGCACUGGCAGAAAGGUGGUCACUAAGGAACUUUACCAGCUCUAACCGUACCAGGACCAUUCAAAAUGAACAGGUUUUGUUCAGGCCUCCCAGUAGAAACAUGGACGAUGUGUCUGGGGAUUUGUCAGCAGCUGCACCUUCAAACCUUCCAAAUAAUAUGAAUGCAUUAGAGUGAAACUUUGGUUGGAGAAAUGGGGGGGUAAAACAAAAAUGUCAUAAUUAUUGUUUAAUAGGGGGUGAUUGCUGACUUGAUGGGAAGAAUGGUGGUUCAGUGGUUAGCAUUAUCGCCUCACAGCAAGAAGGUUGCUGGUUCAAGUCCAGGCUGGGCCAGUUGGCA